CUUUGAUAUGUACAGUGGUCCGACAUGCUCAUCAGAUUAGCGUGUAGGUGAUCAACAAACCAAAUGUGUGGGGUCCACUAAAACCAACAGUGAGUGUAACAGUGCAGCCUUCCUAAUGAAAAAUGGCAGCAGUAUCUGGAAUGAGGGCCCUCCUUGGCCUCCAUCGAUCAAUAAUGUUUCAGUGCUGCUCUGGGCUCACCCAAGUACAGUUAAAAGCCACCUACCUUCCCAGAGGGCUUUGCAGUUCUGAUACUAAAGGUAAUGAGCCAAAGCUGCCAGUGAACACAGAGAAUGAAUCUCUGUUGGAGAACCUGAAUCUCAUGGGCGUUGAUGUGAAGAUGGCACGCCAGCGUCAGCCCGGGGUGCUUCGUAAAACCUUCACUAAUGAGCAAGGUCUCGCUCAGUUUCUGAAAAGCAAAGGUGCCAGCAGCAAAGUAGUCGCCAGCAUCAUAUCCCGUUAUCCCCGUGCUAUCACCCGCUCACUAGAACACUUGGACCAGCGCUGGGAGCUGUGGAGAAACAUCUUCAAAACUGAUGCAGAAAUAGUGACCAUCCUGGAUCGCUCACCUGAAUCUUUCUUCCGCUCCAGUGAUAAUGCAGAAUUAAAGAAGAACAUCACUUUUUUGACCUCACUGGAACUAGACACCAAAGUCCUCCAUCGGCUGCUGACCACAGCGCCGCGCACAUUCUCCAACAGUUUAGAGCUCAACAGGCAGAUGGUGGAGUUUCUGGAGGACAUCUGUGCUGAACUUGGCGGGAAGAAUCCACAACAGUUUCCUAAAGCUGUCAUAUCCAGAAAUGUUUACAUUCUCACCCGAAGCACAAAGAGAGUCAAGACAAACAUUGAGAUCCUGAGAACUUCUCUUAAGUUGGACGAUUCAGAGCUGCUUGCUCUUUUUCAAGGCCCAGGGGCAGAAAUUCUGGGCCUUUCCAAUCAAUAUCUGAGGAAGAAUUUUAACAGUCUUCAGCAGAAGAUGGUUUCACUUCGCUGUCAGAAAGCUGAUAUAAAAAAGCUGAUCAUUAGCUAUCCAAUGGUUCUGUAUCCUGGGCCGAACACGCUGAGCUCCAAACUGGAUUGUCUUUUAAAAGGAGGAAUAACAAUAACACAGAUACUGGAAAAGCCUAAGGUCUUAGACUACAGCACACAGAACAUUAUAGGGCGGCUAGAGGAGCUGAAGAGAGUGGGAUAUGACUUCCAGAAGAAUGGCAUCAGCGUGCUGGACUCCAGCCGAAAGCGAUUUGCUGCCAAGAUAGAAAGACUUGCUGCCUCACCAGAUGAUUGAAUGUCUGUAUUAUGAUGUUACAUAAUGUUUGCUACUGCUUGUAUUGGUGCGCUAACAAUAGUUUCAGUAUCCACUCAUCUGCCGAAUGUGUUUCUUGAUGAAUCAUUAGGUCCCUAAAGUGUUAGAAAAUUGUGAAAAAUCACACUUAUACCCCAGGCCUUUAAAUUUCUUGCUUUGUCCAAUGAGUGAUUCAAAAACCCAAAGAGAAGCUAAAUUUACUGUCACAUAAGGCAACCAGCAAGUCUUUACAAAUGAGAAGCGAAAGUACAUUUUUGGCUGAUCAAUGACUUGAACAAUAAAGCAAGUAUCAAGACAGUGGCUGCCCAAUUUUUGGUUGAUUGACUAAUCGCUCUAAUAUCUAGCUAUUUAUUGACAAAAUGCUAUUUUUGUAGUGCUGACACACUUCCUCCCCUUUUUGUGCACUUGUGUUGCUCUGAGAAUUUUUUCCUGGUCAAAGAUAUAUAAAUCACAUGUUAGAUAGCUGUUGGAAUUCAUGUGAUAAUGCAAUCUUGAAAUAAAGAAA